GUUUCUACGAUGCCACAUCACAUUGCCAAUAAAGGAAAUGAAAUUAUGGUAGAGCAUGUGGAACAUGAUUUCAUGCAGAUAGAAUUGAUUCAGUCACCGCUGGUAAACAGGGUAGGGACACAUAAAUCCCAAACUCAGUUGAUAAAGGAAAAAAGGACUGAAAAUAAAAAUUCCACAGUGGUAGGCAGUGGGCAAUCGACCAUAAAAAUAAUGGAUGAUAAUUGGGUUACUACAGCUGUUCUAGAAAAUGCUUGCAGAAAUGACAUUAUAGAGACUCUUUCCUUAGCAGAAGCAACCCCAAAGGAGAAGAUCAAUACCAUCAACGCAAUCGAAUGCUUGAAUAUGAUUAAGUACCAUAGCAUGGAUGAUGGUAUACUAAUAGAGCAUAUGGAGCCUGAUUUAUCUCCUCAUGCAGCGUCAAAAGGGAGUAAGGAUAUAGAUGAUAAUUUAUCAUGGGUUACAGAGGGUUAUAGAUAG